AUGGAGGCUCUUAUCGCUCGUUGCCCCAGGGAUGAACUCAAUUUGGCGGUGUUGAUUGCACAGCGGAUAUGGGCCCGUCGAAAUGAGAUGGUGCAUGAGGGGGAUUUUAUCCACCCAAAUCGUUUGGUCCGUGAAUCGUCUGAGACGUUGCACUUCUUUUCUACACCAACGGAGGAAGGCAAUGUAGGCUUGAACACAAUUCUUCAAGAAGCUUCAGUGAAAUGGGAAAAACCUCCAUUUGGGCGGUAUAAGGUGAAUUGGGAUGUGGCCAUUGAUCAUAACCUACAGUAUAUGGGCUUUGGAGCAAUAAUAAGGGAUCACAACGGAAGUGUAUGUGCAGCAAAAUGUCUAAAAGUUGAAGGCAUCCAAGAACCAGUGGUGGGAGAAGCUCAGGCUGCUCUGGCUGCAGUAGAAUUCAGUAGAGAAUUAGGAUACCAAGAUGUUAUUCUGGAGGGUGAUUCCCUACAGGUGGUGCAAGCUUUAAAGGAGGAAGGAAUAAAUUGGAGAUCCUAUGGGCAAAUUGUUGAUGAUGCCAGGGUCCUUCUCGGUACAUGUAGGAGCUGGAUGGUUCACCACAUGAGGCGAGGAGCAAACCAAGCGGCCCACAGUCUGGCCAAGGAGAGCCUGUGGCACUCGUCAGAUCAAAUUUGGCUCCAUGCCUUGCCGGAUUGUCUUUUUCAUUUAGUACCUUUAGAGCUUCAUGCUCAUAUAAUUUAG